AUGACGCAGAAGGUGGCCACUGGGGAGCACAGGGACCCUUACUUGACACAAGGCGCACUGCGGGAAGUUUUGGACCCGACUGGGAGCCACUCUGACAGCGACGUGUGGCGUGCACUGGGACAAGCACACCUGACCGAAUUCGUCUCGCGCCAUUCCAUGAACUUACAAAUGGAUGUGGGAGAUGGUGGCAGCAAUCUCAGUGCCGGACAGCGACAGCUUGUAUGCCUCGCCAGGGCCCUGCUGAGGCGACCACGUGUGCUGCUCAUGGAUGAGGCCACGUCACACAUGGACAGCGACACUGACAGGAUCGUGCAGGCUACGCUACGACAGAGCUUCGCCUACUGCACCGUACUUACCAUCGCGCACAGGCUCGAGACUAUACUAGACUACGACAAGAUCUUGGUGAUGUCCAAAGGUCGGGUAGUGGAGUACGGUUCCACACAGAAGUUGGCUUCUAAUCGAAAUUCCGCAUUCCACACAAUGCUUCGCCAGGCUGGUCUCCUACCAAAGGACCAUUCGCUAGUUUGUAAUGACCUACCUUGUCACAAAACCCGUUUGUGAGCACCGAGAGCUGCUGCCUAUACAUAGCUGAACAUUUCAUUUGUGCUGAGAUGUUUGUUUAGCACGCAUUGAGUGUCAUAACACUGUCAUUGUACGAAAUAGCAAUGUUAUCAAGGUAAAAUGCUUUG